GCACUGCGGGUUGGUUUGUUUUCAGAGGCGGUGACGGAGGUUGGAAGCCCGGCCGACUGCAGGCGGGGGCGUCGGGAGGCGGAUUCCUCCUCCCCCGAAGCGCUGGGGUGGGGAGGGGGGCGGGGAGCAGGGAAGCGGGGGCCAGCGGGCCGGGGACCGAGCCGGCCGGACAGAGGAGGCUGGAGAGAUGGAGGGCGACGGGUUGCCGUGGGGGAGCGAGCCCGUCUCGGGUCCCGGCCCGGGCGGCGGCGGAAUGAUCCGCGAGCUGUGCCGGGGCUUUGGCCGCUACCGCCGCUACCUGGGACGUCUGCGGCAGAACCUGCGCGAAACCCAGAAGUUCUUCCGCGACAUCAAGUGCUCCCACAGCCACAGUUGUCCCUCCUCCCCCACGGGCGGCGGCGGCGGGGCCGAGCGCGGCCCUGCCGGCGACGUCGCCGAGCCCGGGCUGCAGGCGGGCCAGCUGAGCUGCAUCGCCUUCCCACCUAAGGAAGAGAAGUACCUCCAGCAGGUUGUGGACUGCCUUCCCUGCAUCUUGAUCCUCGGCCAGGACUGCAAUGUCAAGUGCCAGCUGCUGAACCUGCUGUUGGGGGUGCACGUGCUUCCCACCGCCAGGCCGGCCAGGGAGGAGAGCUGUAAGCUCCGGCGUCUCCACUUCACCUAUGGGACUCAGACGCGGGUUGGCCUGGCGCUUCCCGGCCAGUACGAGCUGGUGCACACGCUGGUUGCUCACCAGGGCAACUGGGACACCAUCCCUGAGGAGGACCUGGAGGUCCAAGAGGACAGGGAGGACGCCGCCCCUGUUUUAGCCGAACUGGAGGUCACUAUGCACCACGCACUCUUACAGGACGUGGACAUCGUGGUUGCACCGUGCCAGGGCCUCCGGCCCGCAGUAGAUGUUCUGGGUGACUUGGUGAACGAUUUCUUGCCUGUGAUAACCUAUGCACUCCACAAGGACGAACUGUCUGAGAGGGACGAGCAAGAGCUUCAGGAAAUCCGAAAGUAUUUCUCCUUUCCCGUAUUCUUUUUCAAAGUGCCGAAGCUGGGCUCGGAAAUCAUUGCCUCGCCUACCAGAAGACUAGAGAAUGAAAGGUCAGCCCUUCACCACCAGCUGGUGGACCUGGGCUAUCUGAGCAGCAGUCACUGGAACUGUGGGACCCCCGGCCAAGACACUAAAGCUCAGAGCAUGUUGGUGGAGCAAAGUGAGAAACUGAGGCACUUGAGCACGUUUUCUCACCAGGUGCUACAGUCCCGCCUGGUGGACACAGCCAAGGCCCUGAACCGGGUGCACUGCCACUGCCUCGACAUCUUUAUCAACCAGGCCUUUGACAUGCAGCGGGACCUGCAGAUCACUCCCAAACGUCUAGAAUACACUCGGAAAAAGGAAAAUGAGUUGUAUGAGUCGUUGAUGAAUAUUGCCAACCGGAAGCAAGAGGAAAUGAAGGACAUGAUUGUUGAGACGCUUAACACCAUGAAGGAGGAACUUCUGGAGGAUGCUGCCAACAUGGAAUUUAAAGAUGUCAUCAUCCCAGAGAACGGAGAGGCGGUGGGCACCCGAGAAAUCAAAUGCUGCAUCCGGCAGAUCCAGGAGCUCAUCAUCUCCCGGCUCAAUCAGGCAGUGGCCAACAAGCUGAUCAGCUCAGUGGACUACCUUCGCGAGAGCUUCGUCGGGACCCUGGAACGCUGUCUGCAGAGCCUGGAGAAGUCCCAGGAUGUCUCAGUUCACAUCACCAGUAAUUAUCUCAAACAGAUCUUAAAUGCUGCCUAUCAUGUUGAAGUUACAUUUCACUCCGGGUCGUCGGUCACAAGGAUGCUGUGGGAGCAAAUCAAACAGAUCAUCCAGCGCCUCACGUGGGUGAGUCCGCCUGCCAUCACUCUGGAGUGGAAGAGGAAGGUGGCCCAGGAAGCCAUCGAGAGCCUCAGCGCCUCCAAGCUGGCCAAGAGCAUCUGCAGCCAGUUCCGGACCCGGCUCAACAGUUCUCACGAGGCUUUUGCAGCCUCCUUGCGGCAGCUAGAAGCUGGCCACUCAGGCCGGUUGGAAAAAACAGAAGAUCUGUGGUUGAAGGUUCGGAAGGAUCACGCCCCACGCCUGGCCCGCCUUUCUCUAGAAAGCCGUUCUUUACAGGACGUCUUGCUGCAUCGUAAACCUAAACUGGGACAGGAGCUGGGCCGGGGCCAGUAUGGUGUGGUGUACCUGUGUGACAACUGGGGAGGGCACUUCCCUUGUGCCCUCAAGUCGGUCGUCCCUCCGGACGAGAAGCACUGGAAUGACCUGGCUUUGGAGUUUCACUACAUGAGGUCUCUGCCGAAGCACGAGCGCUUGGUGGAUCUGCAUGGCUCGGUCAUUGACUACAGCUACGGCGGGGGCUCCAGCAUCGCCGUGCUGCUCAUCAUGGAGCGGCUGCACCGGGACCUCUACACGGGGCUGAAGGCUGGGCUGACGCUGGAGACGCGUCUGCAGAUAGCGCUCGAUGUGGUGGAAGGGGUCCGCUUCCUGCACAGCCAGGGACUCGUGCACCGUGAUAUCAAGCUCAAAAAUGUCCUGCUGGACAAACAGAACCGUGCCAAGAUCACCGACUUAGGAUUCUGCAAGCCGGAGGCCAUGAUGUCGGGCAGCAUUGUGGGGACACCGAUCCAUAUGGCCCCUGAACUUUUCACAGGGAAGUACGAUAACUCUGUCGAUGUCUACGCCUUUGGCAUUCUCUUCUGGUAUAUCUGCUCGGGCUCUGUCAAGCUCCCUGAAGCAUUUGAGAGGUGUGCCAGCAAAGACCAUCUCUGGAACAAUGUGCGGAGAGGGGCCCGACCAGAGCGCCUGCCCGUGUUUGACGAGGAGUGCUGGCAGCUGAUGGAGGCCUGCUGGGAUGGGGACCCCUCUCAGAGGCCUCUUUUGGGCAUCGUCCAGCCCAUGCUGCAGGGUAUCAUGGACCGGCUGUGCAAGUCAAGCUCUGAGCGGCCAAGCAGGGGACUCGACGAUUCUACUUGAAAGCAAAGACCUUUCUCCUCUACUCUCUAUUUCUUUCCUUCCCCUCACCUUUCGGCCAUGGGAAGAAUGUGACAUUUAUUCAGAGAGCUCCCGAGAGAACUGAUGCUUGCUGGGCAGCUUGAGACCUUCCCAGGCAGAGAGGCCUCCCGGACCGUGAACAGUUGGGCUGUGUGCUGGGGCACGUGCAGCAGCUCGCUGAUGCCCCAAGCCAUGCUGUCGGCAGAAGACUGCCUAGGACACGUAAACGCCGAAGAAUACAACGUUCCAGCCUCGGAACUGAAAAGGAGGCAAAUGUACCAAUUGUCUGUUCACUGUAUGUUGCUAAGACAGGCAAGGCACUGCAAUGGCAAUAGUAUUCAAAGCUAUAAUUUUCAUAAUUUUGGCUCCGGCUAGGAAUAGUUUGGUUCUCUCCAGUCAUCAGGACCCUUAGAAAAUUUGAACUUCCUUCUGGGAUUGUGAGAACAUAGGAUCCAAACAGUAACUUCUGGCUCCCUGCAACCAGAUCUCGGGUUGCCACAGCCAGAGGCCUCCACGAGGGAGCUAGAAACAGAGCUGUCUGUUCCUUACAGUGCCGGCCUGUUUACAUUGAUAGGACUGAAUAGCCCUGACUUUGGGGGUGGGUGUCAUGGUCACAUCACCAAGAGGCCACAGAAAAAAAAAAUGUUGGGCACACACACACGUGUGUGUGUGUAUAUAUAUACACACAUAUGUGAUUGGAUUUUGAGUUACUGCUAAUCCCAGGACAGAAUCUUUUCUUCUUCCCUUUGAUCUUUUUUCCUCCCUCUUUUUGGUCUCAAGAUGGGGAAAACUCCAGUGAACUUGGUAUCUGGGAAUGAGUGUCUGAGCAAAACUGACAGGUGGGGAGUAACUGGGGAGACCCGAGACGUGGGUAGUGAUCUGGAGGCCGUGGGUUUCCCUGCAAGCCCAUUGGAAGGAUACCAGGAGAAUCCAAAAUUCCCAUUUUUGUGUUUGACUCUAACACACUGAUGUUUUUAAACUCCUCCACGAGCAUUUUAACCGAGAUUUCUUUUGCAAACUUGUCCCUUCUUUUUACUUUGACCAUAACGUAAGAGGGAAAGCACCAGAUGAAAGAGAACGCUGUAUGUAGCUGUGUGUGCCCCUUGCCCCCGUGUGCUCGAGGCUGGGACGCGAGUGCUGGUGGGCUUUCAGAGCGUGUGUCGGGAAGUGUGCCUAAGAAGAGAAAUUCUGAAUUGGAGCAAUUUACACGUUGAUGCAUCUCAGACCUUGACUUAAAGCCUCGCUGCACCGAGAUGGCCCCUUCGAUUUAGAACACCAGGUGGGUGAAAGAAGGCAUCGAGGGAGGUGAGGAACCUCCGUCCAUCUGCCCGAUCUCUGGGCAUGGCGCUCUCUCCCCUGUGCCUGGCGCCCAAGGCUGUGAACCGGGUCCCUGAGUAGGCGUGUAAGGAAAUGGGCAGAUUUGCUGCUAGAAGCCUGUUGGGUGUUUUCUGAGAGAAUGGCCAUCUCUUAAACAUUAACAGAGUAUAAAUGGUGUCUACCAGAAAGUUUUCCUAUAACUCUUCAAGUUCAGUUUUCACUCUUUGGUUCUGCUGGGCUCUGAGUAUGAUGCCCUUGAGCGUAGGAAGCUCCAAGCACUUGGGGUCCGUCAGAAACUCCAUAUAGUGCUAAGAACCUUUUUACUUGCAACGGUGAAGUGCCGACCCUCUGUCUCUGGGGUCUGUAGCUCGAGCCUUGUUCUGGUGGAAUGUCCAGUAGCCCUGUUAGAAUUAACACCCAUUUAUAGCUUUACUUCUUCAAGUCACUCUGUUCUUGUCUGCAUUAACUCGUUUGUCCUCCUGGGGAUGAUGAUGGGGCUUCCAGGAAGCCAGAUUUUCAAGUUUAAAAAGGAGAGGUGCGUAGCGUCUCCCUGCUGAAAGAGCAGUCUAAGUGUUUUGUAUGACAUUUCAGGAAAGGUCUUUUCUAGUCCCCUUUCCCAGAGUCCUCCUUUACUGCAGCUCACAUCAGGAGUCUGUGCUUCCGUUGGGGAAGCCACGUUCCUAACAUUCUUCCAAAGUCUUAGUUCCUACUCCCCAUUCAUGCAGGGGCAGGUGGGGGGUGGGGGGGGCUUCUUCUACCCAGUGUCCCUUUUCAGUUUGUCCUCUCCCUGCAGCUUAGUCUGCUCUCAGACACUGGUCUCCUAGCAGAUUCCCACAUUUUUUUGCCUGAGUGAGGAGGGAGGACGAGAGGGACCAAUGCUAAGUAAGACAGUAACUGUGUUAACAAUUCAAUACAAAAAAAGUAUUUUGAGAAAAGAUGCAAGAUAUUCCUGAAGAUCUCCAGGCCAAAGUCCACAUAGAGAUAUUAGGAAGUUGUUAUUUGAACACUCAGCGGGCUGAGUGCGGAAUACAGACAUAUAACACAUGCACACUUUGCUUUUGUUUUAUAACGUCAGCUGAUUGGGGAUUCUUUGUCCCUCGGCGCCCAUUAUUGUUAAAGCGGCGGAACGCCAUGAAAUGUACUGCACUGUGUGUGACUUGGGAAGACACUAGGUAUUCAAAGGAGUCUGGGGGUACUUGGGCUGUAGCGGGCUCAAGAAGACCAAAGUCCUCAAGAUUUUACCCCCUAGCCUUCGUUGCAUGUGCUCCCAAGGGGUGAGGUGAGAUGGUGGCUGGGGGCAGGGGAAGGGUGGGACGGAUCACCCUCACUGUGUUCUGUUCUAAUCGACUUCACUAGGGCGAUUUACCCCGGCCCAAAAAUGAUCACCUGGCCUUUUUCAGCAUGCUUGAAGUCUGGUCACUUAUCGUUUCAGAACUGAGUGAGGGACCUUCUUGCAGAGCAAUCAAGACAUGGCAGAGCCUGGGGCCCCCUCGCGGCGGACACUGUGCCUGGCGAGCGAGGUCAUUCUGGCAGGAGUUGGGGAAUGCUCGUUUGGCUGAGGUUUCCACAGGUGUGACCUAGUUCCUUGAUCCUCUGUAGAGAGUAGCUCGUUGAUUGAGCAAGCCUUCUCCUCCUCUAGGAAGGAGGGCUGUGCUGGUUUUUCCCAGACCAAAGAGAAUCACUUGUGACUCCCAUUUCAAGGGGACAGAGCCUAGGGAGCAGCUUCUCCUAAUUUUUAACACUAAAACUCAAGGAAACAGUGAGGGAAAGGACAUAUUACUGGCACGGAGGGAAAUAGGGGAACGGUAGAACCCGCCCCCAGCACCUGUCAGCUCUCCAGUGCAUUCUUACGCAUCUUUGCUGAGCUGCCAAAGUGGGGGUUGGAAGUUGUUUCCUAACGAGAGAAGGGGUUUGGGGUGGCAGGCUCCAGAGUGAUAACUGCACUGAACGACACUUUAUUUUUUUGGCUUAUUAUUUAGCACUGAAAAGCCAAGAGGGGUCGGUGAUGACGGUAGCACUUGGAGGGCAGAGGUCCCCUGUGGCCUUGCUUUGGAGAGAAGGCAUGCUUGGUGUUCCAUUUGGCUAAUCAGGGAAUCCUGAAGUCCAUACAGCUUCGGAGUGGGAUAAAGGGCCCUCGAGUCCCUCGCCAAAAUAGUUGCUUGCUUUGAGUUUUCAAAGUUUGACUUCUGGAUUUGCUGGAUCAAAUAACCCACUUUUUCUUUAAAAGAAAAAAAAAAGUGGAUUUACCCUUCUAAAUAUGGGGGGAGCAGUUAGGGUUAGUGCUGUGUAAAAGUGGGUGAGGAGGGGGUAAGCUUCAGAAACUUGUACUGCAAACUCCUUCGGGGGUUGCGAGGAGCACUACUGUUCUUAAAAGGGUUUUAUUUUUAACUUCAUCUGCUUUGUUAACAUCCAGUCCAGUUGAGAUGCCCGUGGAGACUAUGUGAAGACCUGGCGUCGGGGGAGGCCACCCGACUCAGAGGGUUGGGAAGGAAAUCGGUCUGGACAGCUUGUUGUCUUUUAUUCUUAUGUAAUAUUUGUGUUUGUUUCAGAGGACUAAUGUCUAUUACAGUGUUAAUAAAAGUGUAACAUACUAAGUGUGUAGAAUAAAAGUGCAGUAACAAGAGGAAGUUACCUUGGCACAAACCUCAAUCCUUCACUCUCCCUUCCUGUGCUGUCUCUUGGCGUAAUAUGGCAAACAAGACCAUAUUGUGUUUUUUAAGAGACAUGACUCUGGGUUAAAUCUUCAUCUAGUGUCGUUCUGGAUGGUUGGGUUUGGUUUUAUAGAGUGUCCCGUCUCCUCGUGGGGAUACACAGAUGCCACAUGUGCUGUAGAAUAAAGGUCACAUUAACAUUUGA